CGACCAGUCCUCCAGCAAAGAAGCUGCGGGUAAAGUGGACGGCGGACAGUCACAACCGUGGUAAGCUUCGUGACUUACGAAUCAUUCCCUCUGUACAUAUGCCCUCAUGGGGCUGUACGAGACGACACCCGGCAUCCCACGUGAUCUUCAACUCUAUCGUGUUGGCAAUUGCACUCCACCGUACCACGGGCACUUGAUUUCGCAAGGCGCCGCGGCCCAAACCGACGUCGUGACCGUGUUUGGUGAUGGAAUCGGACCUGCGCUUUCGCCGAUAUUUUAACUUGACUGUUUCUCAGCCCCAGCAUCCACAAUUCUCACCCACAACUGGAACGAGCACCAGUGAUUCCAAUGCAAAUGGCGGUCGUGCACAAUUAAGAUAUGUUCUGGCUUACACGAUGCUAUGUAAGCAUGAGGUAAAGUAUCAGCCGCACGCUCCAUCGUUGUAUAUGUAUACCGCCGCGCCUGACGUUCAUCAAUUCAAACAUCGCAAUGGCGCCCUCUCUCACCAUUCUAGAGCUUGCACAGUCCAUUCUCAAGGAUGCCACCGUCCUAGAUCAACACUUCCAAUCGCAUGGCCUCCCCCAGCCCUCCUUUGACAAGGAUGGGCCCAGUAUGGUCGCUUUCCGCGAUCCCGAAACAUCACAGGCCCAUGAAAGGCUGCUGUCGUCGACCAAGGCUCUGCAACUACUCGCUCGAGGGCCGGUGAACGCGAUCAAUGUCCCUCAUUGGAUGGCAACCAACGCCGCUGCGAUAUCGGUGAUUGACGGCUUCAACAUCUCUGAGCGUGUUCCUUUGGAUGGCCAAGUGUCAUACGAAGAACUCUCGACGGCCGUGGGCAUUCCUCGCACCGAUCUCAAAUCCAUCUUACGGAUGGCCAUGACCGACUUUGUCUUUCAUGAGCCCAGCCCGGGGUUCGUAGCCCACACCGCGGCGUCGAGAGUCCUCGUAGACAGCCCUCUCGCUAGAGCACUGGUCAAGAUAAACAUCGACGAAAUGAUGCCAGCGAUGAGCAAGCUCCGAGACGCUCUGCUACAGCACCCGGGCUCUCAAGAACCCCAGCAAUCAGCACGGUCGCUCGAGAACAACGCGAAGCUUCCCCUUUUCGAUGAACUGGCUGCCCGUCAUCCAGCUCGCGCGGCCACUUUCGCGCGGGCAAUGGAAAACUAUGCUUCCAGGAUUCCUGCCAGCAUGGUAACAAGCGCAGUGGACUGGGCGAGCUAUGGUGAGGCAGUGGUGGUGGAUGUCGGCGGAGGCAAAGGACCUGCGGCAAUCGCCCUAGCACAAGCGUUCCCCAAGCUGAACAUCAUCGUGCAAGAUCUAGGGCAUGUCUGUGCGCAAGGUCGCGAGCAGCUCCCCGAAGAUGUCAAGGGCAGUGUGAGCUUCGAGGAACACGACUUCUUCACGCCACAACCGAUGCGAGACAUCGAUGUCUUCUACAUCCGCGCCGUCUUCCACAAUUGGCCAGACAAAUACUGCAUCGAGAUCCUCCGCAAUCUGAUUCCCGGCUUGAAGAAGGGCUCGAGAGUCGUGAUACAGGAUCCCAUGUUCCCAGAGAGCGGCAAACUCUCCCCCUUUGCGGAAGAGUUCGCCAUCGCUGGCGAUCUACGGAUGAUGGCUUUGUUCAACUCUCACGAUCGAGAGGUGAAGGAGUGGGUGGAAUUGGUCGCAAAGGCUGAUCCGCGGUUCCAAUUUCGCCAUGUCGGUUCACUAGUCAACCCAGUGAGCAAGAUGGGGACUUUCGAAAUCACUUGGCAAGGAUGAGAUAGUACUGUGUCGUAUGAUAAGUUUGCUCUCGUUCGAAGAGGUGAAUUCAUGGUUGUGGAC